AUGAGCUUCAACCAAGACUCACCCAUCAGCGACACUUCCAGUCAUCACAGCCUAUUUGGUGACACCAGCAAGGGCAAGGUGCCUUUAACGCGAUCGGCAGCCGUCAAAACCAAUCUGUACAAGCAUCUCGACAAGCUUGAAGCAUCCGUGAAUGCCGAUUUCGAAAAGUAUGCAGCCGAGACUUUGGCAAGAUCGUUCCCCGUGCGUCAAGAGAACAUGUCAAGAGGAGAGGAAGUUGAAGAGAAUGGAUAUGAAGAAGAGGAAGAGGAGGAAGCUAUAUUGGGUGAUUUGGAGCAUGUGCCCUUUGUUGGAGACACACGGCCACCUUUUGGGAGCGACAGUAUCCAUGGAUUGUCUGAUGUAUCAGCGCAUUCGGACCGAGAGAUCCUAGGCCACCUGUUAGACAAGGAAAAGAAUGAUGACGAUGAUGAAUAUGCAUGGGUCCCAGAUCAGGACCUUGUUGAUGAAAAAUACAGCGUGUCACCACUCAUCAAUCACCCAUCAGGCAACCACCAUCAACACAGACCCAUUUCUCCAGGUCAAUAUUUUGCUGCUCGUUCUUUACCUUUGGAUUCAUUGGAUAUCAUGUUCAACAAGAGCUCAACAACAAAUAACACUAUAGAAGAUCCACUCUCAUUCUACUUUAAAGCAUUACCAUCAUCCUUAUCCCAUCGACAUUGUCAUCGUAAACCAUCCUAUAUCAUUGAACCCAAUCGUAUCCUGUUGCAAGCGACAUCCGAAACAUCAGGCCAUACCCAGUUGAAAAUCACCAAUACCAGUGACAAAGAGGAACACACAUUUUCAGUUUUCUCAUCAAGAGCAAAAUUACGUUUUCAUCCUCGAGAUGGUGUAGUGUCGCCGAGAUCCCAUGUUGAAGUGAUGAUACGAGCAAGACGAAGCGCAAUUCAUGGUAUCAGCAAACGAGGAUCCAGUGAACAUGCAUCCGAUACGAUCUUGUUGUUGAUGGAUGAUGGUCGAUAUACGCAACGUAUUCCAGUCGAUAUUCGUUCUUCAGAAGAUGAGAAAGGAAAACCAACGUCCACUCACAAGAAGGAGCAAGAAUCAGGAAGCGAGGAUGAGAAACACCCACCUUCGUGUCCAUUUUGUGCCUUGGAAGAUGGUUGCUUUUUACCGAAAUAG